GGGGUGAGAGGGCGGAGGCGGCGGCGGCGGCUCUGGGCAGGGCCGGGCUCUGAGAUCCGCAGCCGGGCGGCGGUAGGGCCGCUGCGGAGCCGCGCGCCGUUCGGCCCCGGCCGAGGCACUCCGCGAGCCGGCGCCGAGCCGCCGGUUCUGGUGGCUGCGUUGCCGGCCCGCGGCGACAUCGCGCCGAGGUCUCCAGCAUGACGGAGUUGAGGCAGAGAAUAGUCCGCGAGCCCGACGCACCUCCGGAGGACAAGGAGUCAGAAUCAGAAGCAAAGAUUGAUGGAGAGACUGCAUCAGACAGUGAGGGCCGAACAGAGCCAGCUCCUCCACCAACCUCCAUAGAUGAUACCCCAGAGGUCCUCAACAGGGCCCUUUCCAACUUGUCUUCAAGAUGGAAGAACUGGUGGGUGAGAGGCAUCCUGACUUUGGCCAUGAUUGCAUUUUUCUUCAUAAUCAUUUACCUGGGACCAAUGGUGUUAAUGAUGAUUGUGAUGUGUGUUCAGAUUAAGUGUUUCCAUGAGAUUAUCACUAUCGGCUAUAAUGUCUACCACUCCUAUGACCUGCCCUGGUUCAGGACCCUCAGUUGGUACUUUCUCCUGUGUGUAAACUAUUUCUUCUAUGGUGAGACAGUGACGGAUUACUUUUUCACUCUGGUCCAGAGAGAGGAGCCUUUGCGGAUUCUCAGUAAAUACCACCGCUUCAUUUCCUUUACUCUCUAUCUCACAGGAUUCUGCAUGUUUGUACUGAGUCUGGUCAAGAAACAUUAUCGACUGCAGUUCUACAUGUUUGGCUGGACCCAUGUAACAUUACUGAUUGUUGUAACCCAGUCACAUCUUGUUAUCCACAACCUGUUUGAAGGAAUGAUCUGGUUUAUUGUUCCCAUUUCUUGCGUCAUCUGUAAUGACAUCAUGGCCUAUAUGUUUGGCUUUUUCUUUGGUCGGACCCCACUCAUCAAGCUCUCGCCGAAGAAGACCUGGGAAGGCUUCAUCGGGGGCUUCUUUGCUACUGUAGUGUUUGGCCUUUUGCUGUCCUAUGUGAUGUCUGGAUACAGAUGCUUCGUCUGUCCUGUGGAGUACAACAAUGACACCAACAGCUUUACUGUGGACUGUGAGCCCUCUGACCUAUUCCGCCUGCAGGAGUACAACAUUCCUGGGGUGAUCCAGUCGGUCAUUGGCUGGAAAACAGUCCGGAUGUACCCCUUCCAGAUUCACAGCAUCGCCCUCUCCACGUUUGCCUCGCUCAUUGGUCCCUUUGGAGGGUUCUUCGCAAGUGGAUUUAAAAGAGCCUUUAAAAUCAAAGACUUUGCCAAUACCAUUCCUGGACAUGGAGGUAUCAUGGAUCGCUUUGAUUGCCAGUAUCUGAUGGCCACAUUUGUUAAUGUGUACAUUGCCAGUUUUAUCAGGGGCCCUAACCCCAGUAAACUGAUCCAGCAGUUCCUUACCUUGCGGCCAGACCAGCAGCUCCACAUCUUCAACACACUCAAGUCUCACCUGACCGACAAGGGGAUUCUGACAGCCACCACUGAGGACGAGUAGGGGCCAUCCAGGCCAGCAGAGCAGGGGCAGGACUGAGUGAGGGGCAGGUCUCCAAGGCAGGCCCAACUGCUGUGACUUAGACAACAAGCUUCAACUCACCUUUCUUUCUUUCUUUCUUUCUUUUUUUUUUUUGGUAGGGUGUUUUUUAUUUGUGGGUUAAAAAAAAACAACCUGUAUAUACAGUGUAUAUGUUCAUGAUUUGAAUUAGUCAACUAUCUCUCUGAGUUGGAAAGAAGUCACGGAGGUAAAAAUGCUUUGGAUUUUUUAAAACAAUCAUUGAGCAACCUGUAAGAUUGUUGCCUAGCUCAGGGUGUCUGCUUGGUGGUUUGAACCUGCAUUCAUUGUAUUAGAGUGGAUAUUCAUCUGUGUUCCACCUGUUCUGGGGCUCUCACGCCUGUACUGGCUUUCCAUGAAUUCGCUGCAUUCAGCAGCUUCUACCAGGGCUUCUCUGGGAAGCUAGGGAAGGCUGCCUCCUGUAGGCCAGAGGGAUGGAAGCUUAGUAAGCAGCCGAGUACUGUCCACCCUGAAAUCUUGUACAGGGUGCAUAAGCUCCGCCUUCUUAGUAUGAUUUCAUCUUCUUUCAUCACAGACCGAAAGAACGUUCCAGAUUUUAUUGUUUUCAGAAAGAAGUAUUUAUAAUAGUCUGGAGAAAAAGACACUGUAAUAUUUCAAAGGUAUGCAGUAAGAAUGCACUGUACCCAAGCCCUUUCCCAUGAUUUAGGCUCCUCUGUCUCCUGGAGGGCGGUCCAGUGAACUGCAUCUUUCAGGGAUGAGGCUGGAGGUCGUUUGCAUUCGUGCUGUAGACUUGCUGCUGCUGAAGUCUUCCUGGGGGCUCUCCCAGGAGGCAAGGAGCAGGGGGCUUUUUGUUCACGCACCCUUUGCCUGAACAUUCAUGUCGCUGCUGUGUUUUGUGUAUAUUACUCUUGAGGCAAGUACAUGUCUGUGUGUUUCGUUUUAAAAAAGUCAUUUAUUUCUUACAGUGAAUUUCAGUUAUACCAUGACUUCUUCAUCGAAUCUACAAAUCCUGCUUAAAACUUUGGCCAACCCAACCUUAGAAGAGGCUUGGUUAUUGUGAAAAUUAAAUGUAUACUUUUUAUAUAAUGUGA